GCAGGCACAAACAAGGUUUUGGUUACGACGAGGAGGAGAAUAAUAAUCUUCGUUUGAAUUCAAACAGAAGAAAAAGAAGAGAAAGAGUAGGCUUUGAUCAACCAUGAGACAUUGAAGCAGGUAGAGAUAAUUUCUUUGAAUGCGGUGGAAGCUAUCACUUAAUGAUAAAUACAAGAUUCCAAUUUUGAUGAACUUUGCAAUGAGAACAUAAUUUUGCUUUUUAAUUAAAUAUUACUUAUAUAUACCCUUCAAGAAAAGUAGUUAACAAGUUUAAUUUAUAAUCAUGCAUUUAAGCCAAAUUCUUAUUUGUAGUUUAAAAAAAAAAAAUACAGCAAGUCAGUGACAUAUAUAUGGGAAAUAUUCAAAAAUGAGCACAUAUGUGGCCUUUUGAAAUGUUUGCAUGUCUGCAUGCAUGUUUAACUUUUGAAAUGUGGCAUGUGGCAUUUUUUUUAUAACAGAAUUUCAUCAAUAAGAUUAGUUUGAAUUUUCAGAUUAUGAAACUGUUUAUAAUUUGUGAUUGUAUCUACAAGUAAAAGUGUGUAAGAAAUUUGGCAAAAAAUAUUGUAUGAGGGAAUAUCUACAUUUUUUUCUAACAAAGCUAGGGCACAUAUUUUAUAAAUCUAACCCACAAUAACAAAAUCCAUUAACAAUUAUUCCUAUGCUUUUAAUACAUUCUUUCUUUGAACGUCAUCCCCUCGAAUUACUCUUCGAAUUUCGAACGCCAUGACACAUAUCAUAUUAUCAUUACCUAAUCUUGAUUUUGUUAUAAUUAUUUUAGUUAUUUAACUGAUUUAUUGAAUGACUCAUAUAUUGUAGACUUAUGACACGCACUGAAAAAUAAUAUUUACAUCAAAUUCUGACGAAUGCAUACACAACUUUACUUUAGUUAUGUCAUGGCUACUUUUCACAUAUCUCUAUAUAUACAUACAAACUUGAUCGUAGGGAGCGACGAAACAAAGAAGAUCAUAUCUUCAAAAACCUUUGAUAAGUUAGGGUUCUUGAUAUAAACAAAAUGGGAAGAUCACCGUGUUGCGAUCAAGACAAAGGCGUGAAGAAAGGACCGUGGCUGCAAGAAGAAGAUGAUAAGCUCACUGCUUAUAUAAACGAGAACGGUUAUGGGAAUUGGCGUUCGCUUCCUAAGCUCGCUGGACUUAACCGCUGUGGCAAGAGCUGUCGCCUCCGGUGGAUGAAUUAUCUCCGUCCUGAUAUCCGGCGAGGCAAAAUUUCCGAUGAAGAAGAGAGUACUAUCGUUAGACUCCAUGCCCUUCUUGGCAACAAAUGGUCGAAAAUUGCGUGUCAUCUUCCAGGAAGAACCGAUAAUGAAAUUAAAAACUAUUGGAACACUCACAUGAGGAAGAAGUUGUUGCAAAUGGGGAUUGAUCCAAUGACGCAUGAGCCAAGAACCAACGAUCUUAGUCCUAUCCUCGAUGUUUCUCAAAUGCUAGCCGCGGCAAUCAACAAUGGCCAGUUUGGUAACAAUAACCUCUUCAACAAUAACACUGCUUUGAAAGAUCUUCUCAAACUCCAAUUGAUCCAUAAAAUGCUUCAAAUCAUAACCCCCAAAGCCAUACCAAACAUCAAUAGCUUCAACGCCAGUUCUGUGAAUCCUAAACCGGAACCGGUAGUCAAUAGCUUCAAUACCAAUUCAGUGAAUCCUAAACCGAAUCCCCCGGUUGGACUUUUCAUAAACCAAAGUGGAAUCGCUCCUGACGCCACCUCGGAUUUCAUUCCAUCUUAUGAAAAUGUUUGGGAUGGUUUUGAAGAUAACCAGCUUCCUGGUUUGGUUACGGUUUCUCAAGAUAGUUUGAAUACAGCAAAACCGGGUACCAGUACCACCACCGAGGUAAAUGAUCAUACCAGAACCGGUAUGAUACCGGGUUACUAUGGUGAUCAAUUACUAGAAAUCCCAUCUUCUGGUUCGAUAUCGGUAUCUCCUGAGACAACCAGUUUGAACCAUCCCGGUACGGCUCAACAGUCAUCCGGUUCAUCAGAUCUCCUAGAGGACUGGGAGAAGUUCCUUGAUGAUGAAACAAGUGAUUCUUGCUGGAAAAGUUUCUUAGACUUAACGUCGCCCACAUCGUCACCCGUCCCAUGGUAGAACUGGAUUUUGUUCGGGUCGUAUACUCAGUUUUAAAGAAAAUACAUACACAAAGAUAAAUAUUCGAUUGAUAUUAUUAAUUUUUUGUCAUUAAUUAUUGAUUUUAAGUUUAUAUUUCUUUUCUUGUAAAGGAAUGUUUGUAUUUGUUCUUAUUUGGUUUGGUUGUUGUGUAAAGAAACACAUUGUAAUCCUUUGACCUUUCUAUAUCUCCCCAUUUAAUAACAAUAUUUUGGAUCCAUCA